UACAAAUACCCUUCCUCUCCUCUCUACUUUCUUGUCCUCAUUUUACCAUCACUGAACAAGAAAAAUUAGGGAAAGAAGACGAAGAAGCUGAAAAUGGAAGGGAAGGAAGAAGAUGUUAGAUUGGGAGCGAACAGGUACAGAGAGAGACAACCAAUUGGAACAGCAGCUCAGACCCAAGAUGCCAAAGACUACACCGAGCCACCUCCAGCGCCGCUCAUUGAGCCCGGAGAGCUUUUCUCCUGGUCCUUCUACCGAGCUGGCAUAGCCGAGUUCGUCGCCACUUUCUUGUUUCUGUACAUCACAGUGUUGACUGUCAUGGGUGUGGUCAAAUCCCCAACCAAGUGCUCCACUGUGGGCAUUCAAGGCAUUGCUUGGGCUUUUGGUGGCAUGAUAUUUGCCCUCGUCUACUGCACUGCUGGAAUUUCAGGGGGUCAUAUUAACCCAGCGGUGACAUUCGGACUGUUGCUGGCUAGAAAGUUGUCGCUUGUCAGAGCUGUGUUUUACAUGAUAAUGCAAUGUUUGGGAGCCAUAUGCGGCGCUGGGGUGGUGAAGGCAUUUGAAAAAACUCAAUACGAAAUGCUCGGCGGCGGAGCCAACACCGUUGGGCCAGCUUACAGCAAAACUGCUGGGCUUGGAGCUGAGAUUGUUGGCACUUUUGUUCUUGUCUACACUGUUUUCUCCGCCACUGAUGCCAAGCGUAAUGCCCGAGAUUCCCAUGUCCCGAUACUGGCUCCACUGCCGAUUGGGUUUGCUGUGUUUUUGGUGCAUUUGGCUACCAUCCCAGUCACAGGGACUGGUAUUAACCCAGCUAGGAGUCUUGGUGCAGCUCUCAUUUAUAACAAGAGCCAAGCCUGGGAUGACCAUUGGAUAUUCUGGGUAGGACCCUUCAUUGGAGCAGCACUUGCCGCCUUAUACCAUCAGAUAGUGAUCAGAGCCAUUCCUUUCAGAUCAAAGUGACGGAGAAAUUGAAGU